GCCCAGCAGCGAGAUGGAGAGAGACACUCACGGCCACGACAAGGAGAAGAAGGACCCCGCGUGACAACAAGAACGAGGGAGAGGUCGGCACGGCAACACAACAAAAGGCGAAGAAGUGGAAACGAAAAGAAAGACAGGAAAUAUUGCAACAACAAAGGGAGACCUGGAGAGAAGAGAGAGAGAAAGCGUGUGACAGGCGGAGAGGUACCCAGCUCCAUGCAACAGCAGCGCUCGCCACCGCUAACCAGGCUGUGACGCACUCUCUGCUUUCCUCUCCUCUCCUCUCCUCUCCUCCAUCUUCUCUCGCCAUCCCUCCAUCAUCUCGCUACCUAUCCGCCCACCAAGCGCUCUUACCCUUCCGCAGGCAGCGUGCAGCCUCAUCCCUCGCUCUAUCCUGUCUCUCUCACACACCACAUACACACACACACACACGCACGCAGAAGACACACACGUACAGAGACACACACAAACACACACUCAGCAGCGCUCUUGUGCAACGGCACCAACUGACAUCCUCCCUGCAGAAGAUGGACGUCUGUUUGGCUUAGCUGGCCAAGUCUACACCUUCCCAACUCAACACCCAGCACCAGACCAGACGCUUGCCAAGGGUGCGAAAUCACACAGGAAUCCACUACGCGUACAGACCAGCGCAGCCCCUGCAAGCACCAUUAGGAUAAAAUACUAAAAGCCUAAAGCUUAAAAGCCUGACACCAGCCAUAGAUCAGGACAGGUACCAGAGAGAAGAGGAGAGGAGAGGAGAGGAGAGAAGAGGCACUGAGCAAUACAAAGAGGAGGAUGUAAUAACAGUUACAGGUGACGUAAUCAACGAUACUACCUAAAGGCAUCGAUGAGGAUGACGAAGACGUCCCAAAUCUAUUGAGUAACCUCCUAUCUUAUCACAGGGUGUCAGCCACGAGUGGACUGCUUUUAGAACCAUUCCAGAACGUUCCAGCACCUGUGCAAUCGGGUCACGUCUAAAUCGAGAGUCUCGUUAUCGAGGACCAGAGGUCAGAGGUCAAGAGAGGCCAGUAUCACCACGACGACGACAACAACCCCCUGAAGAUACGACACAGGAGACCCUUCUGCAGCAUCUAUUCCAGUCUGUGUCUCCUUUUAGACCUCUCUGGACUAUCUAUCUAGCUAUCUCCUCCACGACGUCCAGAGGAUAUCCAGACCCCUCCACAGCGUCUGUCCGCCUGUGUGUUCUGUUUGUCCUCAACCUGACAGACACACACACACACGCUGUGGCCUCUUUUAAAAUCCCCCACCUGACUGACGCACACCACACUGCACUCGCUGUCAGUCUCUGGCUUGGGCCUGAGAACAGGAAGGAAGCUGUGGAGAGAGAAAAGAGGACUGUCCUCACCACUCCACUUCAUCAGACUAUAUUUGUUGCUUUGUUUCACAGCGCAAAAGCUCGGCCGCUGUGGUUAGCGCAGUGCUAGCUAGUGUUGAAAGCCUCCGACGAGACUUCCUCUGUCGUUACAUAGAGCCAUGAUCUGUGUCUGGACGUGCUACACACACAUAACCAGCUAAACAUAUCUGUAUCUGUAUCUGUAUCGGUACUCUCAGACACGUAUCCUUUCAUAGCUGUAUCGUCAUUAGGUGCUGUUCUGCGGUAAGCAAUCUACUGUAGAGAAGUGUAUCGUAUCGUCUCUGGUACAGAGCUAGUCAUUGAAGAACUUACAGCAAAACUAAGCGUCAAGAUUUACACAUAUACGCCUGAGAGCCACCAUCAACCAGAAUAAGCUAGCCUGUCCUGAGCUGGGCUGAACCAUCUCAAGAGCAUAUCAGGACUGAACCAUCUCGGCGAGUGCUAAAGGGGUGUUUGUGGUACUGGUGAUACCCCAUUCUAAUUCCACCAUCCACCCCUCCACCACAGUUGCCAGUAGGGGGGUGUCCAGCCAACGAAAGAGUGGGUAAUCAUGGAUACCACCGGCCGUCCCCACGUGCCCUCCAAUGGCUAAGCCUGAGUGGCGAACGUGGUCUGUUUACUUCCUGCUCUGCCAUCCAAUCAGCAUCCAGUGAGGCAAGAGCCUCGAUAUCAUCAGCUAGAGGGGUACGCUGGUGCUGCAGUCAAACUAGGAAGAUCUAAAUACUCUCUCACACACACACACACUAUUGGUUGCCUAGAGACCCGUUACCUCGGUGACGGAUGUCUUGCCUGAGGCGCCAGCCUGUCGCCAUCCCCAUGGAUACGGUCAAGAUCAUCCAAUCGGAGAAGUUCCCGCGGGAGUGCCCCGUCCCGGUGACACAGCCCCGCUUCGCCCCUCCCCCGCGCGUGGCGUGGGACGGUGGCGGCCGCGGCGGCAGCCAUGAGGGCGAGGUCAUCGUGAACCAGGCGUGCAGCGACCUCACCUGUGGCGACCUCACCCUGGAGCUGGAGCUCACGCGGCCCACUCACAAGCCUCCGCUCCCGCCCCCCCAUCAUCACCAUCAUCAACACAACCACACCCACGGGCCCCCUCCCCCGCGACCUCUCGUCUCCCCGCCCCACGUCAUGAUGCGGAGAGAGCUGACUGGUCUGGGCGGCGGGACCGGGGUAGCCAACUACCUAUCGCAGCGCAAGAACAGCCUGGCAGGCGGCGGGGUGGGGGGCGGCACCACGACUACCCUGGGCCACGUGAGCGUCAGCAUGUCCGGCGGCCACCAUCACCACCACCACCCCCACCACGGCGCCGACAUCUGCUACCACCAGCUGACCUACAAGAUGGACGACGUGAUCGUCAACCAGUACGUGCUGCGCUCUGGCUCCACCUCCUCGGGCUCCUCCUCCACCUCCUCCACGUCGGCCUCCUCGUCGGCCUGCUCCUCCUCGGGCGGCCCGGCGCUGCUGCCGCCCUCCUGCGAGCCGCUCGACUGCCCCACCUGCGGCCACACGUACAACUUCGCCGGCAAGCGGCCGCGCAUCCUCUCCUGCCUGCACUCGGUGUGCGAGGAGUGCCUGCAGAUCCUGUACGAGUCCUGCCCCAAGUACAAGUUCAUCUCCUGCCCCACCUGCCGCCGCGAGACCGUCCUCUUCACCGACUACGGCCUGGCCGCGCUGGCCAUCAACAGCAGCAUCCUCAGCCGCCUGCCGCCGGACGCGGCCCACGGCGCCCAUGCCGGCGGACCCGGCGCCGUGCAGUGGGGCGGCGACCCCGACCGCAGCUGCUACCAGACCGUGCGCCAGUAUUGCCAGUCGGCGUGCACGUGCCACCUGGUCAACCCGCUGGCCGCGUGCGGCCUCAUGUAGUAGGGGUGAGGAGAGAGAGAGAGCUGGAGGACUGAAGAAACAUGGAGAGAGAUGGAGAGGGAUGAAGAGAGAUGGAGAGGGAUGAGUGAGUGAGUGAGUGAGUGAGUGAGUGAGUGAGUGAGUGAGUGAGUGAGUGAGUGAGUGAGUGAGUGAGUGAGUGAGUGAGUGAGUGAGUGAGUGAGUGAGUGAGGGAUGAGUGAGUGAGUGAGGGAGUGAGUGAGAGUGAGAGAGGGAUGAGUGAGUGAGUGAGUGCAUGUGCCACUUGGCCAACCCGCUCUCUCAGAGCUUGUGGCAUCAUGUAGGACAAGGAUCCAGGCCAGUCAGAGAGAGAGAGAGAGAGAGAGAGACAGAGAGAUUUGGGGAUAUGGAUGAGUGAGUGAGUGAGUGAGUGAGUGAGUGAGUGAGUGAGUGAGUGAGUGAGUGAGUGAGUGAGUGAAUGAGGGAGUGAGGGAGUGAUGCGGUAUUGCCAAUCGGCCUGCCAUCUCGCCAACCCCAUCUCCACCUGUGAACGACUGCAUGUGCGUGUGCAAUCUCCAUCUCUUUCUCCCUCGACCCCUGCAGCAUCACGAUGGACCAGAGAGGAGUGAUGAGACAAAAAGAGAGAGAGAGAGAGAGACAUUGACAAACGGAGAAAGAAGGAGAGAGACAGAUGGAGUGACGCCUGAAUGAUUGCGAUGGAGUGAGAGGAGUGAGAGGGUCGAGCUUUGGGAAGAGGGUAUCUGAGGGAUAACUGGGUGAUGAGACUGUUGGACUGCCGUCGUUGCCCGGGACGAUAUUCUGUCGUUACCGGGACAACGCGCUGUCGUUACCCGGACGAUAUCCACCAUCCGUGCCCCACCCUUCCCCUUCCCUCCCUACCUCCCUCCGUCGCCACAAACUCCUUCAUAUAGACCCUGUAUCUACCAAAAGAAAUGCUCCUGACCACACACACACACACACACACACACGCAAGCGCGCAUGCACACAUACGCACAUGCAUAUUGUACUGUACAUACAUACAUAUGCGCACACUCUCAU